AUGGACACCGCUCAUUGGAGGACAGCUGCGCCUGGUUCUUCCGGGUCCUUCCACGUUGAGCACCUACUCCAGCGGAUCCUGGGCCCGAUCCGGAGCUUAAAGGACCUUCCCUGGACCAGAAAUGCGUAAAAGCAGCUGGCAAAGUAGGAGGCAUGGGAGAAGGGGCCACCAGCAGAACCCUGGGUCCAGGCAGCGCAGCUCUACUGAGAGGUACAUCCCAGAGACACAGCAAAGCCCACAGGAUGCCGGCCCCGGAGACGCCGAGGCCCCGUCCACUUCGUCCGGCACAGCCGGCAGCCCCUCUGCUCCAGAUCUACCAGGGUUUUACUUUGACCCAGAAAAGAAUCGCUACUUCCGCUUGCUCCCUGGACACAACAACUGCAACCCUCUCACCACAGAGAGCAUCCAGCAGAAGGCCAUGGAGACCAAAAGGCUGCAGAUGCUGCAGGAGGAGGACAAGCAGAGAAAGAAAAUCACCAGAACUGGAUUAAAUGCAACUUCCUUGCUACAAAAAAGCAAGCUGGGCUUCCUCAGUGCUAGCAGCUAUUGCCGUUUAGCUCACGAGCUGCGAGUAAGCUGCAUGCGGAGGAAAAAAGUCCUAAUUCAGAGCUCGGAUCCCUCUGCUUUGACAAGCGACCGAUUUAACCUCAUCCUGGCAGAUACCAACAGCACCCGGCUCUUCACAGUGAAUGAUGUCAAGGUCGGAGGCUCCAAGUACGGCAUCAUCAACCUGCGUGGGCUGCAGAUGCCCUCACUCAAAGUGCGGAUCCAUGAGAACCUCUACUUCACCAAUCGGAAGGUGAACUCUGUGUGCUGGGCCUCGCUGAAUCACUUGGACUCCCAUGUACUGCUGUGCCUCAUGGGGAUCGCCGAGACGCCAGGCUGCGUCACCCUGCUCCCAGCCUCGCUGUUUGUCAACAGUCAUCCAGCAGGAAGAGACCUGCCUGACAUGCUCUGCAGUUUCCGGAUCCCAGGAGCCUGGUCCUGUGCCUGGUCCCUGAACAGCCAGGCUAAUAACUGCUUCAGUACAGGCUUGUCUCGGCGGGUCCUGGUGACCAAUGUGGUGACAGGACACCGGCAGUCAUUUGGCUCCAGUAGCGAUGUCUUGACCCAGAAGUUUGCUCACACGGCUCCUUUGCUGUUCAACGGCUGUCGUUCCGGAGAGAUCUUUGUCAUUGAUCUUCGCUCUCGAAAUAAGGGCAAGGGCUGCAGGGCCGCCCGCCUGUUCCAUGACUCUGCAGUGACCUCUGUCCAGAUCCUCCAAGAGGAGCAGUGCCUCAUGGCCUCCGACAUGGCUGGAGCGAUCAAGCUAUGGGACCUGAGGACCACGAAGUGCCUAAGGCAGUACGAAGGUCAUGUGAACGAGUAUGCCAUCCUGCCGCUGCAUGUGCAUGAGGACGAGGGCCUCGUCGUGGCAGUGGGCCAGGACUGCUACACAAGAAUCUGGAGUCUCCAUGAUGCCCAGCUGCUCAGAACCAUCCCUUCCCCACACCCCACCUCCAAGGCUGACAUUCCCAGUGUGGCCUUCUCCUCUCAGCUGGGGGGCUCUUGUGGAGCCCCUGGGCUGCUCAUGGCCGUCCAGCAGGACCUCUAUUGUUUCUCUUACAACUGAUUUUGCAGACUGAAGGGAUGUGGAUUCCACAAGCAAGUGAGGACGUUUGAACAGAUGCUGCCCGUUCACAGGUGCCAUUCAUCAGGCUGCGGGAAGAAGGUGCUAUGUCUCGUGAGGACACACUUCAGAAAAGUUAUUUCCGUUAAUCUGUGGGCUCAAGAGAGCUCAUUAAAAUUACCUCUGUCUACUUUUUAUCAUGUCUAAUU